AUGCCCAAGAUCAAAGCGGUUGAGAAGCUCACAAUCACCUUCUUGGUCGACAACAGCAUCGAAUGGAUGACGAAGUUGCCCCCCGGGUUCAUCUUGGAAGUACCAUUGCACUUGACGCAUCCGGAUGUACCUAUAGAUGCUCUGACCGGGGUGCCAUUUGUUGAUCUCGAGAACUAUUGUUGUGGCGCACACGGAUUCUCCGCGCUGAUUGAAACCGAAGUCGAGGGCGAAGAGUCGCGCCUAACGCUCUUCGACACCGGCCCUGACUCGCGCUCGAUCAUCCGCAACGUCCAAGCCCUCCGCAUCCCCGUCGAGCGCAUCGAGCGCAUCGUCCUCUCCCACUGGCACGCGGACCACUCAGGAGGCAUGCUCGCCCUCCUCCGCCACCGCGCCGCGUCCGUCCUCUCCACCGCCGCCGCGGCCCCGCCGUGCGUCGUCGACCUGCACCCGGACCGUCCGCUCGCGCGGGGUAUCGCGCCGGUGUCCGCCGGGGGGCGCGUCGUCGGGCGGCUGCCGGACGACCCGCACUUCGCCGCGCUCGAGGCCGCGGGCGCGCGCGUGGAGACCCACGCCGUGGGCCACGCCGUUGCAGGCGGUGCGGUGUGGGUGAGCGGGGAGAUCCCGCGCGUGACGCACUUCGAGGGGGGACUGCCCUCGGGCGUGCGCUGGGUCGAGCGGGAGGGGGAGGCGACGGGGAAGUGGGUGCCCGAAGAAGAUGUAAUGGACGAACGGUAUGCGGCGAUUGACGUACUGGGGAAGGGUCUGGUUAUUUUCUCAUCGUGCUCCCACGCCGGGAUUGUGAAUGUGGUAAAGGAUGCCAUCAAUACCUUUGCUCGUCCGGUGUACAUGAUCAUCGGAGGGCUGCAUCUCGCUGGAACGGAGCUCGUGGAACGAAUCCCUCCGACAGUGGAUUUUUUGGCUAGCAAGAUGAGACCAUCACCGACGUACGUUCUCCCGAUGCACUGCACUGGUUUCGCAGCGAAGGUCGCGUUGGAGGAUGCUCUCGGCGAAGGAUGCGUGCCUGCCGGAGUUGGACACAGGAUCAUCGUGGAAGGGUCUGCCGAGGCUGAGAAGAGGCUGUUCGCCGCAACGUACUCCCAGUGA